AUGCCCUCUCCUGCCGCCGCGAACGGUUAUACCACCGCUUCCCACACUGGUACGAACGGGACCGCGCCCCCUACUACCGCUCUUCAGCCUCGAAAGCUGGAGCCGAAGACGGAUUCGACAGCGAGCGUACCCGAUUUUAAAACCAGCGAGGAUUACCCCCAGAAGGUCAUCAUGGAGGUCGGAAUGCACGUCACGUGGCGUGUGGACGGCAUCAAGAUCGUGCACAAAAACGACGCGGAGACGGCCAAGCGUGGGACCAGCACCAAGGGAGAAAAAGUCUUCUUGUUGGACGAAGGCGAAUAUAUCACGCAUGUUUGGUACGCCGCCGAUGCAGGGUCUGUCCAAGGCAUCCUCUUUGGUACUUCCAACGGGCGCAAGUCGGUGUGGUUUGGCUACGAGUAUGGACUGUAUGGUCUAUUGAUCAAGGAUAGCCACGUUCUUACCGACCUUCGGGGCGCAUCGCAAGAUAGUCAGCUGAACGAUCUUGUGCCCAGCUGGGUCCGGUACAUCCCCGGAGGUGGGAUCACGGCGUUCCUGGCUCUCUACGACGAAUUAGUGGCCAGGUGGAAUGAAUUUCAGUCUUCCAUUGCGGAACUGAAGAAGCAGACCGUUAGCUCCAAGGCCAGCCUGGAUGAGCUGACUACUUACGAGCAGACGAUUGCACGCGGCCUGGCCGAGCUAGUCCAGGACGUGGAGAUCCUUCGCGGCAUGGAAAAUGAGCAGAGCACCGCCCAGGUCGUGGUCACAUCACUGCGCGAAAAGUAUAUAUCCAACCAUCUCGGCGCUUGCAAGGAGGCUGCAAGGGCUGCACAGACACAGUUCAACAACCUUGCGCUCGCGUUAGCACCCAUAUCAGGCCAGGUACGUUACCACUAUGCGGGCUUCACCUCCCCUAUGACUUAG